GGAUUAGGCCCAUAAAGGAAGUAGAAGCCCAAUAGUGAAAUAUCUUCCUUUUGUUAAGGCUAGAAAUUAUGAGACUUGUCUCUCUCUCCAUCUUAUUUUUAAUUUUAUUUUACUCCUCAAAGAAGAAGAGAACCAAAGGCAGUGUUUGGAUAUACUGAAAACUUUUUAAAAAAAAUGAUGGCAUCUGCUUUGCAGGUUUGUUCUCAAUACUACUACAACAAUAAUAGAAUUGCUGUUUGUUCAUUAUUUACUGUUUUUCCAAAUUUAAGAAAACCAAACAAGGUACUAAAUUCAGCUACCUCAAAUUCCAAUAACAAGUUUAAAGUUAGAGCACUUAAGGAGAAAACAACAGAGGAAGAAGUUAAAUCUGCUGAAGAAAUUACAAAGAAAUUUGGUCUAGAAGCUGGUUUAUGGAAGAUAUUCAGCUCAAAAGACGAAGGAGAUGAAGAGAAUAAGGAUAAGAAAUCAAAAGGGGACCAAGCAAAAGAGCUUUUAGCAAAAUAUGGAGGAGCCUAUUUAGCAACCUCCAUUACUCUCUCAGUGAUAUCAUUUGCUCUUUGCUAUGUUCUGAUAAAUGCUGGUGUUGAUGUUCAAGCCUUGCUACAAAAGGUGGGAAUUUCGACUGAUGCUACUGGUGAGAAGGUGGGAACUUUUGCGUUGGCCUAUGCUGCUCACAAAGCUGCAUCACCUAUUAGAUUCCCCCCUACUGUUGCUCUAACACCAAUUGUAGCUAGUUGGAUUGGAAAGAAAGUUGAUAAAGAUGAGUAAACUAGGUUGAUCUUGGACACAAUUUUGCUGCAGGUGUAAUAUAUGUGUUAUUAGUAAAUACUACUACAGCUUGUCUUACUAGUA